CGUUCGCUGCUCGCGCCUUCAGUCUGCUUUGUUUGUGCGAAUUGUGUUACAGUAUAGAAAACGCGCUUUUCGGUGGUACAUAAUUGUGAUACAAUUGUGUAGAACUCAUAUAAGCAUGCCGAGAAAUUUCCGUCACGGUAAUAAUCGUGGUCGCGGUGGCCGGCAACAAGGAGGAGAACGAGGCUUUUACGACGCCUCGCAGAAAUAUUCAGAACAUGAUAAUCGAGCGGAUCGAACAGAGUGGAACGAUCGGGAUAGGAACGAUCGCAAUGUCACCAAUGUGAAACGGAGAGUCAGCUUCAAGCCGUUCAACUUCAAGCAGUUCGGCAAGAAUGGGCGGGCUCUGGAGCAGCAAAUACGAAUGCACGUUUCGCAAGAUGACGAUGAAGCGAUGCGUGGUGACACGUUCGAUGGAGAAUCGCCCGUUUCCUAUACAGCCAAUCGAAACAAGUUCAACCGGCAGCGGCGCAGUGGAUCACCCAUUCCUCGUGGCGUUCCGAAUGCAAACAUCCGGAAAAAGAUAACACCAUCAAACACCAACUGGUUCGAGGUUAAAGUACCAUACGGGAACAAGUACCCGAAAGAGGUAAUCCUUCGCCUUAUUCAGCACGCGAUUAGCCCGCAGUUCUUUAUCCCACUUUACUACAAAACGGCCGAGUCUGCGGUGACGUUUUAUGUAGAAGAAUUUCAUGCUGCGGAAGCCAUUCAAAAGGUAAAUCGUAAGAUCGAUCUGCCGGAUGGGCGGAAGAUGAUUUUGCUGGUGCGCAACAAUCACCCGCCGAGUCAAGUGAAUGACCAACUAAAGGAUCGAAUGAGGCAAGCAAUGGUGAAACGGUACAAUUCCGCGACGAAGGCACUGAAUCUGGAGAAGUUUCAUGCUGAUCCCGAUCUAAGCGACAUUUUCUGUGGACUUUUUCGUCCGCAAAUCAUUCUGGUUGCUGUCGACAUUAUAGCGGAACAUAUUCCCGAAUUGGAGGCUCUAAACCUGAAUGAUAAUAAGCUGUACAUGCUGGACCACCUUAAAUCAAUGGCUACCAAAAUUCCAAACCUAAAAAUUUUGUACCUGUCCAAAAACCGGAUUCCGUACGUCAACACAUUGGACAGCUUAAAAUCGCUAAAACUCGUGGAGCUCAAUCUGGAGGAUAACCCACUAAAGCAGCGAUUUGAGGACCAGACGGUCUACGUGAGUGAAGUACGUAAACGGUUCCCGAAAGUAAUCAAAUUGGAUAGCAUGGAUUUACCGCCUCCCAUCAGCUUCGACGUGGACGACGAUGUAAAAGUUCCAUCCGCGAAAGCCUCGUUUCUAUGCGACGCAGCAGGUGCCGAUCUGGUACGCCAGUUUUUAGAGCAAUAUUUUGCUAUAUUCGAUUCUGAUAACCGACAACCGCUUCUCGAAGCGUAUCAUGAACACGCAAUAUUUUCGUUAACGGUUAACACGUACCAACAAAACAACCAGCAAAGACUGGGAGCUUAUAUGUCCGGCAAUCGUAACAUCAAGCAUAAAACAGACCUGGACUCAAGAUGUCGCCUUUUGAAACAGGGUCGCCUUCCAGUUGUUUCGUACCUGUCGGAACUUCCUGCUACCAAGCACGAUCCACAAUCUUUUGCCGUUGAUCUAACGCUAUUAACGCCGCAACUGUUAUUGCUCACUGUUACUGGAGUAUUCAAAGAACGCAAACAAAACUCUGGCAAUGAACCUAUCCGCUCGUUCCAACGUUCGCUUGUAAUAGUACCGUGUGGAAGUGGUUUCUGCAUUCGCAAUGAGAUGGUGCACAUCACAAACUCGACUCGAUUGCAGGAUGAGAAAGCUUUCAAAGAUCAAGCCGGCUUCGGAGCAGCCUCAAUAGCGAACCGAACUUUAACAUCAAACGCAUCAAAUGUUCCAGUUAUGCAACAAUCGCCGAUUUCGGCUCCGGUUGUCGCCCCAGACGACAAUACAAAGUUGCAGAUGGUGCAAGCACUAGCGACACAAAGUGCAAUGAACCUGGAGUGGAGUAGACGCUGUUUGGAAGAAACUAACUGGGACUAUCAGCGGGCGGAGUUUGCCUUUAACGAGUUACACAAACAGAAUCGAAUACCACCGGAAGCAUUCAUAAAAAAUUGAUAAAGUAACUAAUCGAUCAUGGUCACCAUGUGAAUGUUCAUAAAGGUCGGAUCGAAUUGGAUUGGUAGUGUUUAUCAGUAGUGUACAGUAGUGUUUAUCUUAAUGAUUAUCAAGCUAAUGUUUAAAGAAACAUUGCAAAACUGGUUCAAUGACAAUCACUUCUUCCUUCUCCUCAAGGUACGGGAAGAGUGCUUUGAAUCAGCCAUUUCAACUUUUGCGUUGUUUCGAAUUCCCUUGAUUUACUUUAGCUGAUUUAUCGUAAGUUCUCAUAUUUUUAAAUAUGUCAAUCUUUUCUGUACAUAGCUUCAGAUAUUAAAAACAACUAAAUGUUUACAAGUACAAGUUUGUUUUUAUGCAAACUUAUGUUCUAGAUCAAUAGAAAAAAAUCGUAAAUGUAGCCAGAUCUAAAGCUUAGAGGAAAGGGCAUUCUCGUGAAUUAACAACUCCAUUACGAUGGUGUCUACAACCUUAAGGCGGAAAAAUUGAAAUUCCUUUUUCGUGUUUUGCCCCGUUUUUACAAAAUGCUUUCCAUCAAUGAAACGUUAACGCAAAGAGCCUGAUAGCUGGAAUGCUGGUGCUGUUAGUGAGUGCUAGUUUAAGUGAUGAAACUCAAUCGAUCAGCUGAUCGGUAUGUGUUAAAAGCUACAUGAAUGCCUGCUCAUUGGUGGUCUAAGCCUAGGGUAUCCAUAGGAUAAUUAGCGAUAGUUUCAUCCAUCUAAAAGUUACGAAUUACGGUUUGAUUUCUCUCUGUGCAAAAAUGGGCAUAACAGUAUGAUCAGUUAUUUUACGUUUAUUUUGGUAUCCGUGUUUGAAUUGACUUCUGUCUGCCUGCCCAAUAGCGGCGAAGACGAAUAAUUUACAGACGAAACAAAAUUACUCGUUCGUUUCGUUAAAUUAAGAUGGAUUAAGCGAAUCAAUGUGUCCUGUCAGCAAGAACGAUACUGACAUGCCCAUUUAAUGUGUCGUGAGGGUAUGUUUUAGUUUGGAUUGAGCAUUAAUUAAUAAAACAGCCAAACAGACAUUAAUUAAACAAACAGUAAUGCAAAAGUCGGAAAACAAGAAAUAGUAGUACAUAACGAUAAACAAGAAAAAUCAUAAGUAUAUCUAAACAACUUACGAGAAACCAAGUUGUAAUUAUGAAAU